AUGGCAUACCACGAACGUCGCUGGGUGGUGUCAAACAUAUCUGUGUUCGAGCAGUGUCGCGAUGAGAACUGGGCGGAGAAUGUUGCCAAGCUGGGCACCGAAGGGUGCCGAAUUCACGGGGUGUUACAUGUCAACAAAGUGGCCGGCUCGUUUCACAUUGCUCCCGGCAACAGCUUCGCUUCAGACCACGUUCACGUGCACACCAUGCAAGGCCUCACUGGGACAAAGAUGAAUAUGACCCACAGAAUUACAACUCUGAGUUUCGGCAGUACCUAUCCCGGGCAGCGAAAUCCGCUGGAUGGCUUCACCAUGCACGUGAUUGAACCAUUUCAGAUGAUCAAUUACUACCUGAAACUUGUACCAACCAUUUACACGCAACGCAACGUCACGACAAACGCUCUUUCUCAUAUGGAAUCCAAUCAGUACUCCGUCACAUGGCACUCUAAGGGGACCCCCGUAAUGGACGAUGGUCAGGGUAUCCCGGGUAUCUUUUUCAACUAUGAAAUAUCACCUCUACUGGUGAAAAUCUCACAGGAGGAGAAGUAAGUAUACGAAAACUUGUCUCACGAAACCAAGCUGUUCGUAGACUUCCAAUUGACUUGAGCCACGCCAUCUCCCGUGAAGUUCUGUGACAAUUGCACUGAGUUUGUUAAGCUGUCCCACCUCCGAUUUCCUCAGCCGUUGCCGGCCACUCACAUCUGUGUGUCCUCAUCUUAAGCGUA